AUGUCCUCUGCCCCGCCAACAAGUGGACUCCCACCUAAGACAUGGACACGAGAUAACAACCGCGAAUUCUUCAUUUCAACCGAACCAAGCCUACUCUCUGUCAAAGCAGUCAAUGAUGCAUUCGAUAAAGACUUCGUUUAUUGGGUCUCAAAGCCCUUCCCAGAGAAGGUGCUGUGGCAGAUGCUCCACGGCUCCUUGAGUUUCGGCGUGUACAGGUGGACUCUACCCAUAGAAUCUGUAAAUGAUUCUACCACGCCGUGUUCGGAAAACACUGAGCAGAUUGGACUUGCUCGUAUGGUCACAGAUGGUUGUUCAUUUGCUUAUCUGUCGGAUACCUACGUUCUCCCUGAGUACCAAGGCAAUGGGCUUGGGAAAUGGCUUGUGACUUGUAUUACCGAGAUCUUUUCCAAGGAGAACAUGCCGUAUUUACGUCGCAUUAUGUUGCUCACUGAUGAUGAGCGCAUGCAGGCUUUCUACGCGAAGAUGUUUGGGGUGAAGGUUGUCGGGCGUGAGGAGCGAAAGGACAUGGGGAGGGAUCUGGUGUUUAUGUGUGCGAGACCGCAUGCACAGAUAUCAUUAGAUUGA